AUGAAUAAAAGAGCACUAAACGGCUUAAAAGCGGCUGUGCACCACCAGAAAGAAGUUUGCACUGCUGGCCCGCAUGAGAAACGCCUUCUACACGCCCUGCUCGACAACUACAACAGUCUGGAGCGACCCGUCGUAAACGAAUCCAAUCCACUGCAGCUGAGCUUCGGUCUGACGCUUAUGCAAAUCUUCGAUGUGUACGUGAAGAAUCAAUUACUAAUGACAAAUAUUUGGCUCAACAAGGAAUGGAAUCACAUGAACUUGCGUUGGAACUCAAGCGAGUAUGGCGGCGUACGGGAUCUCCGCAUUCCUCCCCACAGACUUUGGAAGCCGGAUGUGCUCAUGUACAACAGCGCCGAUGAACGUUACGACGGCACCUACACCACCAAUAUUGUGGUCCGAAAUAACGGCUCGUGUUUCCACGUGCCGCCUGGAAUUUUUAAUUCCACCUUCCAAAUCGCCAUCGCGUGGUUUUCGUUCGACGAAAUGAAAUUCGACACACGAUAAC